AUGGCUCAGGAGCUCAAAGCUGGCGGCGGUGCCAGCGAGGUUACUCGCUAUCUCUCCAGCGUCGACCCCGUGGUCAGCAGUCACCUUGUCAAUCUAUUCGAGUCUCUGGCAGAUCGACCAGACAAAACUUGGAGCAAAGAGAGGAUCUCUGCUUUUAUCAAGGACGUUCAAAAAGACAAUCCCUCACCCGCAGUCGAUGAACUCCUCGCUCGAGACUCUCUCAACCUCGAUGGCUUCACCAACUGGAUGACGUCGUCUCAUGGAGCUGCUACAACCCCGCCCAAGCCUCAGGAUCUCUCAUACCCGCUCUCCUCUUACUUUAUCAGCUCCAGUCAUAACACCUAUCUCACCGGAAACCAGCUCUCAAGUGACAGUUCUACCAGGCCUUAUACCGAGACUCUGCUGCGCGGUGGCCGCUGUAUUGAGAUUGACGUCUGGGAUGGCGACGACUCUGAUGCAGAGGGCACAAGCAGUCCCUCCAGCAGCGAUGAAGAGAGGGGCGUCAAGAUGAUCGUGAGGAAGACAAAGACUAAAAAGAGAAGUGCGUUUGGCAAACUCAAAGAAAAGUUCGCAAAGACGAGCCUUCGUGAUAAGAAUGAGUCCACAUCCGCUUCCGAUCCCGCCUCCGCCUCUCGUGAACAGCCCGGACCCAACACUGAUCCUGAGGCAGGGGAACCCGAAGCCGCUAUAGUCGAGCCUCGAGUCCUCCACGGAUAUACCCUCACCAAGGAGAUCUCCUUCCGUGCUGUUUGCGAGGCCAUUCGCGAGAGCGCCUUUGUCGUGAGCGACCUGCCAGUCAUUGUCUCUCUCGAAGUUCACUGUAACGCGGACCAACAGCUCGCCAUGGUCCGCAUUAUGAAGGAAGUCUGGGAGGGGCUUCUUGUACCGCAGCCCGAGAAUGACCCUGAUGUUCUGCCGAGUCCCGAGCAGUUGCGCCGUAAACUUGUCGUCAAGGUCAAGUAUGCCCCGCCUAACACAGACGCUACGCAGGAGGACAGCGAGGAGGACGAUCGGGCACCGCCUCCAGGUGCUGAGUCGGGAGAUGCUACCAAGAAGAAGCCUGCAAAGGUCAUACAGGAGCUGAGCCGUAUGGGAUUCCACGCAUGGGGUGUGUCUUUUAAGAGCUUGUCGCAGCCCGAGGCAGGAAUGCCGACGCAUAUCUUCUCCUUGUCUGAGAAGAAGGUCAUCGAUGUACACGAGCAGCAAGCAUCUGAUCUGUUCAACCACAAUCGACACUUCCUCAUGAGAACAUAUCCGUGGGGGCUGAGAAUAGGAUCCUCGAACCUGGAUCCUUCCGUCUUCUGGAGAAAGGGUAUCCAGAUUGUUGCGCUCAACUGGCAGAGGUGGGAUGAGGGUAUGAUGCUCAACGAAGGCAUGUUUGCUGGCACAGGAGGCUAUGUCCUUAAGCCUCAAGGCUACCUACCUAAUCGCGGCGAUGAAGUAACCCAGAACAGCAUCCCCCGCAAAACCCUUCAUCUCGCAAUCACAGUCCUCGCUGCCCAAAAAAUCCCCCUCCCACCGGGCGACAAGUCUGCCCGUGGUUUCGAGCCCUACGUCAAAGUCGAGCUUCACGUCGAAGGUCCCGAUGAGUUCCACGGCGGCCCUAUACCUAACGAUGGCCACGAGCGCGAGGGUGAAUACAAGGCUCGCACACGAACAUACCGUGGCGACGUCGUGGACUUUGCCGGCGAACGUCUCGAGUUUCCUCCCGUUCCGCACAUUGUAGAUGAGCUGUCUUGGGUACGUUUCACCGUACGUGAUGAUGAGAUUGGAAGGGAUGAUUUGGCAGCUUGGGCUUGUAUGAGGCUUGAUCGGCUGGGUUCUGGUUAUCGGUUUGUGCAUCUCACUGAUUGCGAGGGGCGUAUCACGGAUGGUGCGAUUUUUAUCAAGGUUGAGAAGAAGCUAGUCUAA